AUGCGUGGCUCAUUUGAAAAUUUUUUUUUUUUUACCCCCCUCUGGGUUUGUCGCUGCUGUUUAUUUACCGCCAAGCCUUAAGUGCUGCUCCCGCAGCUCUUGGGAAGCUUCCGUCCGCAAUCUAACUCUAGCUGAGCGACUUUUAACCUCCCAGGAACCCUGGCCUGCUUGAAUUUCCCUCUCAGGUCUCUGUCGGUCCUAGUGGGUCGGGACCAUGGCCUCCUUCCAUCUGGAUCAUCUAAAGAACUACCACAGAAGAUUUUGCCGGCCUUCCGGAGCAUCCAACAUUCAUACAAAGAAAGGCGAGAACAUGUUGAAAAUCUUAGAAGAUUGUUUUGAAGAACAGGAUUCUACAGAGUCAUUGACUACUUCAACACCUAAAGAGAAAGUCAGUUAUAGUCAAUCAGCAGGCAAAGCGUGCCAAGCAUCACAUUCAAAGUCAGUCCCGGAGUCGUCAAGGAACAAAGAAACGUUUCUGCAAGUUUCUGCAGAAUCGAGUGAGGCUGCUGGUGGAUCAGUUAAGGCUAAUGAUGUUUAUCAGAAAAGUCUGUCUACUGAUGCUGUCUCCAAAAGUACACCACAGUCAAACAAGAUGUCAAGUAAAAAAAUACCAGGUCAGCGUGGUGCGUCUGAUGAAUUGUACUCAUCUGUCGGCUCUCCUAUGGUUCUUCGGGAUGCAAACGUGUUGGUGUCGCCGAAAACUGUUCCAUCUGCUGGUCUACAGAGAGUGGCUUCUGUCACAAGGAGUUCAGGGUGUAUGCAGUCCUCAAACACAGACUUUUCUUUUAAAACCAAGAAAAGGUUAAACUUUGAAGAUGAAGUUAUUUCGAACACAGGAGCAAUAGAGAACAAUGCUUUACAAAUAGAGGAUGACACAUCCAAGGGACAAGAAGGGACAUCAUUGGAAAUCACUCAGAAUAGAGAUUAUCUGAGCUCUGAAGUUCAACCACAAUCUAAAAAGAGUUUUUCAGAAUUGUAUUUAGAAACUGUCAAGAGGAAAAGUAAAUCCAGCUCUGUUGUUAGGCACACAGCAGCAGCCCCACCUCCUUCGUCUCCUCCAAAUGACAUGAAAUUAUUAGAAGAUGAAUUUAUUAUUGAUAGGUCAGAUAGAAGUUUUUCAAGUCAACCUUGGGUGACGAUACCAAAGAAAGGCAGACAUCUGAGCCACCAUGUGCCAUCUCCUGAAAACAUUGCAGUGAGUCCAGGUAAGAAGUCAGAAGAGAAACCUCAUAGUUUAGCUAAAUUGACUUUUAUAAGUAACACACAGUCUGAUAAGGCUUGCCCAAUAGAGGAAGCCCAGCUCUCUGUUGAAGAAAACUUGGGAACUAAUUGGACAUAUGAGUUGGAAAAUGAUUGUAGAUCUACAGAAAAUAAGAUGCAAUCUGAGAAUGCCAAAAAACCAUCCACAUGGAAAAGGACUAAGAAACAGAAGCAGAGGAGAGAAUUGAACCUUAAAGUAGCUGAAGAGCUCCAUAUGGGACAGAGUAAAAGUGGAAAUAGGAAUAUGUCAACAAUUUGCCAAGACAAGUUACAAAUAAGUUCAAAAAGAAAUACGGAAGACUGUGAAGAGGUGAGGAAUGAGCCUAUUCCCAAGAAACAUAUGUCAGCUCUUGAAAAUAAGAAAAAAAAGAAUAACACUCAAACCAAUAAGGAAAAAUCUGGAAAGAAAUAUUUUUCUGGUGGGUCCAAGAACAAAUUUGUUUCUGAAGAAAUAACUUUGACUUCCAGGAAAGAUCAUAGACUUUCUAAGCAGCCAUCUGAAUGGUGGAUAGUAAAACCAGAUAAAAGUUCUGUUGAUGGAAAUUCUUCAAAAGAAAAUGAAUCAUCAGUGGUAUAUCCUAAAAGAAAGAAACGGACUAAGAGAAAUCACGUAUCUGAGAAUACUGGGAAGAAACCUUGUCCAUCAAAAAGACAGAAGACACAGAUCAGCUCAACAGUACAGAGGUCUUUAAAUGUAAAGGGUUCUAGUGGAACUGUUAGUGGCCAGGGUAACAUUUCUAGUUCCCAGAGGAAGCCAUUGAAAAACAUUGAGGCAGACUCAACUCAGAAGAGCCUCCAUAUUUCUGGACCUAAAAGAGGAUCUAAAUAUCAAAACAGUGUUAUGACAUCACAGAAUGUUCAUUUAAAGUCUCAUACUGAGGAAUAUACAAACAAGACACAAAUGGUGUCUACUUUAAAUUCAGAAGUGCCUAAACAUUCAGUGUGGGAAGAAAGACCCUCCAGGUUCAAGAAUUGUAAAAUGCCUGACAUCAGUAGUUCAGAAGUUGGUGAUGGAAAGGACCAAGAGAGUUUGGAUUUGACAAGAAGUUCUAAUAUGGUACCGGAUAGGAAUUUACAUCACAAAUUAGUUCUGCCCUCCACCUCACCUGGUGUUCGUAGAUCUAAAAGAGUACGUUUGAAACCUCUGGAAUAUUGGCGAGGGGAACGAGUAGAUUAUCAGGAAAGCUCAUCAGGAGGACAUACGUUUGAAAUAAUAUCCCCAACUUUAGCAUCAGCCACAAUAAAGGCAAAAAGAAGCCUGGGCAAAGUCAACCAAAGAGUCACCAAGAAAUCGAUCCGCCCUGAGAACUGCAAAAAGAAGAAGAUGGAGUUGAGUCUAGAUAUUCGUCUGGGAGAUCCCUUUCAGGCAACAUUGGCAAAGGACCUAGAAACAGGAGAGAUUGUCCCCAUGGAUCUUAUAAGACCACGAGAUACAUACCACUUUUUUGUUGAGCAACAUGGUUUGAAAGUUUUUAAAAUAUUAGAUACAACAUUUUUUUCUACUGGAAAGUUGAUUUUAGGACCCCAUGAAGAAAAAGGAACACAGCAUGUUGGCCAGGAUAUAUUGGUUUUUUAUGUUAACUUUGGUGACCUUUUAUGUACAUUACAUCAAACACCUUAUAUGAUAACUACUGGGGAUUCAUUUUAUGUUCCUUCAGGUAAUCAUUACAACAUUAAAAACCUCUUGAAUGUGGAAAGUUGUCUACUUUUUACUCAAAUAAAAAGGUGAAAUAAAUGUGUAUAUAUAUAAAAUGUUUAUAUGUAAAUUUUUAUAACUGAUUAUUUUAUAGUAAAAUUUUUUGUUUAGUUUUGCAUUAGUAUAUCAUUUUAUACUCCUUGCUAAACAUUUCAUAAUCUUGUAUGUAUCUUUUGAUUUUUCCUUGAGUGUAAAUACUGUUUAGUGAUGAUUUUAUUGGUAUUGCUUUGUUAAUAUUGCAAAGAAAAAACAACAAGAAAAGAAACUAAACUCACUAUUGCCACAGUAUAAAGCACAUCUGCUACAAAAGAGCUGGUUAAUAUGUCCAUUCAUUUGCAGUAGUUGGUUUCAGAUAUAAAGUUUGAAUUGUCGGUCAUUAAAUAAUCUAAUAGAGAGCUGUGGUAAAUGUGCUGAAUUAAUUUCCAUGGGCUGCUGUAACAAAGGGAUUUAAACCACUGGGAUUUGUUUUUGUAUUUUUGGUCUUGAUGUUUUGAGGGUCGAAGUGUGAAUUUAAGGUGUACUCAGAGCAGUGCUGACUUACUUCUGUAGAAGGACUCCAUUUCUUUUUUCUUUUUUAUAUGCUUCCUAUCUUUGGCUUUCCUUGUACCUUGAACAUUCCAAUCUUUAUCUCUUUAUCAAAUGUCUUACUUUUCUGUGGCUGUGAUAAGAUAACCAUGAUCAAUGCAAAUUAUGUAAGGAAGUAUAUAUUUGAGGCUUAUAGUUUCAGGGGAUUGGUCCAUAAUUAUGCUACAGGGAGAUCUUACAUGUAGAUCUGAGAGACCAAAUGUUUUGGGUUCCAUCUUAGAAAAUCUGAUCUAAGUUUAGUCUCAAGUAAACUAAUAGGCCAGUCCCCUGGAACUCCCUCAGUUAGAUGCUUACCAGGCUAGAAAUGCUCACCGCUUGCUUGCCAUGUUCUAUGAAACCUUGUCCCGAUGAGUGUUCUAGGCUUUUCUCCACCUGAACCAUCCGUGCAUUGGUGGUGAGUUAAGCCCCAAGCUUGAGCGUAUGAAUAAAGACCCUGGUGUGAUUACACUGGAUUUGGCUUGUUGGUGGUCUUUAGGGGUCCAGUGUUUCAGCACAACAGAUCCAUAAGCACAAGGCAGAGAGAGCUGACUGGGAAUGCCAUUUGCUUUUGAAACCUCUGGGCCAGCUCCUAGGAACACACCUCCUCCAACAAGGCCACACCUUUCUAAUCCUUCACCUACAGUUUCACCUGCUAUCUGCCAUGCUGAUUAUACUUUUGCACUUAGCCUGAGGCCCAGUAAAUACAGACUGAUUGCAUGGGGCAGUGAUAAUGGUCCAGCAUCUGUUUAUGGUGAUACAAAACCUACCUUACUAUGAGGAGGUCAGGAAUUCUCUGGGCCCAGGUCAUUUCUUUAACAGUCUGAUUGAAUCAGGAUACUUGCUUAAAACUUUGUCUUUUUCCUGUUGCAAUUCUGGCAGAGCCUUUGUUUAGGCGGCAGUCUUAUGGAAGUUGGAGAUGUGUGGAGCAGGCUCUGCUAUCUCCUGAUUGCCCCCAGCCUGAGAAACAGAUGCACUGGAAGUAGGAACACCUUGCUGAGGUCAUCACAUCUUUCAUAUACAAGGCUUGGAGGAAUCAGGAUAGAAGGGACUGAUGCCUGAGGACUAGCUCUAAUAAUACCAGAAGGAGCUGUGCAAGGCUGCCAAGGGAGAACUGUAACCAAGAGUUCUAUCUACCUGUAAAGCCUGAAAAUCGUCACCAGUGUGGCGUGAUACUUCAGUAGUGGCACUUGUAUCCUGAGGAUACCCAACAGCCAGCUAGGACUUAAGGCCUGCUCAGUAGGAAGGGAUUCCUGACUGAAUUGGGAAACAUAGUCCAUUAUCCGUGAUUGGUGAAGUCAAGAACCUUAGAGGAGAAAGAACUACACUUGUUAUUCUUUGUAGACUAGGAUAAUAACUGUGCUCUACUUAUACUCACAGAUAAGUGUAGCUCCCAUCCCUCAUCAAAGAAAUUUAUUUUGGUAGCCAAUGAAGACUAUUAGAAAAAUUCAUAAACUCCUCAAAAUGCAGAAGACAACUGACUAUGUGGUGCUUGUGCCAAAUUGAUAGGUUUUCAACACAACCACUAAAUUAGGGGAUGAUAAGGGACACAGGGAGGAUAUACUUUAUGAACCAAAGGCCCAUGAUAUCUGCUUCAAGAUAAGGCCUUCUACAUCGACAGGAAAGUGCAGCCAUGAAAUUUUGACAACAUGCUUGCUUAUAUAGGCACGUGCCAACGUAUCUGCUUUUGUGCAGUGCUAGGGAGUUGUGCUGGAUAGUUUUAAGUCAACUUGACACAAAAAUCACCAGAGAGGAGGGAACAUUAAGAAAAUCCGUCCAUAAUUUCAGGCUGUAGGCAAGCCUGUAGGGCAUUUUCUUAAUUAGUGAUUGAUGGGCAGGUACCAACCGCUUGUGGGUGGUAUCAUCCCUGGUCUGGUGGCCCUGGGUUCUCUAAGAGCUGAGCAGACAAUGAAGAACAAGCCAAUAAGCAGCAGUUCUCCAUGGUCGCUGCACUAGUUUCUGCCUCCGGGUUCCAAAACCCCUCACUGCUGCUGUUAAGGAUGAACUGCUACUUGGAACUGUGAUUUAAAAAAGGCUUUGCUCAAGAUGUUUUGGUCAUGAUGUUCAUUAUAGCAAUUGAAACCCUAACUGAGAUGGGUUGGUUCCAGCAUAGUGGGUUAUAUAGUACAUUUGUGACAGACAUCUCCACGUUUUGGGGAGGAUUUUAGAAGAACUUUGGAACUUUGGGGCACUGAGUGUUGCAAGCUCGGUAGGGUUUUCUGUUGGAAGCUGGAAGAUAAUAUUGAGAGCAGUGUAGAAGCUAGAGGCCUGGCCUGGGAAGGUUCAGACAGAAGUUUAAAGACUAUCAGGGACAUUUGCUAUUUUGAAUUAAAAUCCUGUCAGCUGAGGCUGAAGAGUGCUGUGAGUAACAAGACUGUCACUGCUGAAGUGAAGUCUUUGUGUUACUGAGGCAGUUGCACUGGUAAGCUGGGGCUGAGAAACCAGUGGUGAUUAAGAGGAGACUAGCAUCACUGAGGUGAAGGUUGGUGUUUCCUCAGGGUUAGCACACAACUGUACCACAAGUGGCCAAGGUACCUUGUGCUGGCAGCUGAACUUGGUAGUGUAAAUGUCACCCAAGUGGUACUACUGGUUUUGAAGGUUUGAAGGGGUCAUGGAGAGCAGCUGAGAUUUGGUGUGGCAGAGACAGAGUCCCUGAAGAGAGCCCAGGAAAGACUAUUCGUCAAAGUGCAUCUUAGUUGCAGCAUAGGACUACUACAUUUUGGAGAUGCCAGUACCAUGCAAUAGACCACCAAGAACAACAGCAGCAGUGGAGUGGAGCCAGAAGGAGCCCAGAGGACAGUAGAGCUGGAGGAGUGACCCAUGGGACCCAUGUGGCCCAUUCUCCUUGAGGACUUCAGAAGAUGAUGAGUGAAUCCCCAGAACUGGACACUUGAAUUAUUUAUACUGUUGGGAAUUUGAUUUUGCUUGUUUAAGAUUGUACCUGUGCUCCGGUUCUUCUCCUUUGAAGAAAGUAUGUAACUUAAUUUUGAUUUUUACAGGAGCCCACAACUGAAAGUUUUUGAACUUUUAAAAUAUUUUGGAUUUUUCUAAAAAAAAGGAUGACUGGGUAUUUAAAAGACUGAACGUUUUUCUUUCUUCUUCUUCUUCUUCUUCUUCUUCUUCUUCUUCUUCUUCUUCUUCUUCUUCUUCUUCUUCUUCUUUUAAAGAUUUUAUUUAUUAAUUUUAUGUAUAUGAAGAGUACACUGUAGCUGUCUUCAGACACCAGAAGAGGGCAUCUGAUCUCAUUAUAAAUGGUUGUGAGCCACCAUGUGGUUGCUGGGAUUUGAACUCAGGUUCUGUGGAAGAGCAGUUAGCACUCUUAACCACUGAGCCAUCUCUGCAGCCCGAGACUGAAUUUUUAAUGUGUUUGAAUUUGUGUGGAACUUUUAAAGUUAUUUAUGUUUGUAAAUAUAAGAUCUUAGGGAUGAAUGAUAAAGGAAAGAUUGUGGCUUCACAGUGACAAGUUUGUGUGUCAGGUUGACAAAUGCUGGAUAGCUGUUGUCAAAAGCCACUAGAGAGAAUGGAGCCUCAAAUAAGAAAACCCAAGCCUGCAGGGCAUUUUCUUAAUUAGUGAUUGGUAGGGGAGGGCAGCGCAGAGCUCGUUGUGGGAGGGGCCAUCUGUGGGCUGGUUGGUCAAGCCAGUAGGCAGUAUUCCUCCAUGGCCUUGCGUCAGCUCCUGCGCUGCUUGAGUUUCUGCCUUCACUGCUUUUGAUGAUGAACUGUUCUAUGGAACUGUGAGCAAAAUAAACCCUUUCCUUCCCAA